AUGAUUCGACAAGGGCACAUCGAGCUCGAGCAAGGUAGCGACCUUGGACGUGGUGGCACAGCAUUGCGGGCUGGCAGCCCGAUGUCUGUCGUCCUGCCCGAGGAAGCGGGAGCUCGUUUCCUCACCAGACGCAUCGAUAGCGAUCCGGUGUGCCAUGUUCCUCGCAGUCGGCACCCUCAACAAAGCAUAAACGACGAGACGAGAGCGAAACAGGAGAUGGGACCGAGCAGAAGUGCAGUGGUGUUUUGCGCUUGUGAGGUUGACGAGUGGGUCUGUGGGAAGAGGCUAGGCAACCAGCUAGGAACGGGUGGGCCGGGGCGCAGCGAGACACGGCAGCGAGACGGGUUUGGCGCUAAUGCUGCUGCUGCCCCCAACCCCGGCCAGAGUGACGAUGCCCUGCGCGGUUCACCCAUCGCAGGGCGGGUAGGGUCCGCGCUGAUUUGUCUUGUAUCAAGCCGGCAAUGGGGUGCCUCGAGGGAGCAGAGUGUCGCCGGCGGUGAUUGGGCGGGGCCCGAAGGUUUCCGCCAACGUCGUGGCUGCAUGCACAGGACCGUCACUCAGACGCCUGCGCCCUCGCGAUAG